AUGGAGAUCUGCAUGAAAGAGGAAGCGACGGGGGCUGCUGCUGCUGCCCCGGCCUUGAAGAGCCCCACUGCAGCAAUUGCAACAGAUUUCAUCUCAGCAGAGGCUACGGACGCUUCUAUGGAAGCAGCAGAAGAAGCAGUGCAUGCAAAUGACCACCAGAUAACGAACGAGCCUGCGGUGUCGCUACACCCCCUCAAGAUUCCAUUUUAUGAAGCUGUAGCGAAGCAGCUGCUAGACGACGAGCUAAACGAGGUGGCUGUGGCAUUGUGUGCUGCUAUGCACCUGCGAGCGAACCCGCUGCUGCCCCCAGACUUGCUGUUCUCUAUUUUCAAGGCUGCUGCAUUCCAGCCUUCGCAAGAGGAAGCAGCAGCAGCAGCAGCCGCGACAGCAGCAGCAGCAGCCGCACAGGACUUGCUACUGGGCCGUCAGCCGAAAAAAGAAGCCCCAGAUGGAGCGCAAGAUGUAGCAGCACCAAACGCUGGGGAGGAAGGUGUAAGGCCUGGAGAAGCAGUAGCAACAGAGGCUGCAGCAGAUGAAACAGCAGCAGCUGAAGCAGCAGCAGCCACUGCAGGGGAGGCGGCGCCUGCGCCAGAGCCAUCCCAGCAGCAGCGGCAGCAGCAGCAACUUCAGUGGCAGCCGCUACGUACACGGCCUGUUCCAGGCAUGACUGAGGCGGAGCGGCAGUUUGUAUUUAAUCCUUACUCUGGUUCUCAAGGGGGGCCCCCAGGGGGCCCCCAAGGUGGGCCCCUAGGGGGGCCCCAAGGCGGCGUUGAGAUGGCGAACGGUGCUGAGGGAGGCAUGAUGGCGAAAGUUAUUUGCUCCUUUUCUAUGCAGCAGAGCUGCAUCAGCACUGCAUGCAGCAAAGACAUGACAACUGUUGCUGCUGGUUUCCUCAACGGAUCGGUGCAGCUUGCCUCUAUCAACGCAGCUGAGGGGGCUCCCAUGGGCCCUUCGCAAUUUGGAGCUGGCGGACCCCCGGGGACCCCUGAAAGCAGCAACGCCAAAACCCUCUUUACACACGAAGGACCCGUCAGCUGUCUCGGCAUCAGCCCAGACAGGUGA